GCUGUCACACCCAAAUAAACAUGGCCGCCUCCCCUCCGUCGGACGUGUGUGAGAAAAUGAGCCAUGAAGGGAUGAAUUCUGCGAUGGAAACGGGUGAAUGCUCUUCCAACGAGAAUGGAAGUGAACACAAAAAGAAAGAGUUCAAUGAAAGUGAACCGGAACCGGAGGAUACGUUUAAGAAACCGGCUCUUUUCGCCGCACCGUCCCUCACCAGCAAACGCAGCUCUGCCAUGGCUCCGUCCAAACCCACAGCAGAGGCAGAAACUAAGAGUUUGACAGACAAUAACAAAGCUGAAGUUGUGGAUACUGCAAGUGAAGACUCCUCAGCUCCUGUUAAUGAAAGCAGAACCUCUGAAGAAGCUGAAGAAGAGGACACAAACGAUGGAAAGGAGAGUCCUGUGGCUCCUGUCAAAACCAAGCUAGCAGCUAAACCCCGUGUUGUCCCCAAAGGUCCCCCUCCAGGUAAAUUCCCCCCUCUCCCGUACGUUGAGCCUCCCUGGGGUGGCUUGGCUCCGGAAAGCCCCUACUCUUUGGAAAUCCUUAAAAACGGCACUAUAGUGGACACCGUGCCCCUCACACAGAGGAGCUUCUUCGUGGUGGGGCGCUUACCUGUGUGUGACGUCUCUCUGGAGCAUCCCUCCAUCUCCAGGUACCACGCUGUGAUCCAGUACCGCGGACAGGGAGGAGAGGGGGAGUCUGUGGGAGAGGAGAGGGGUUUUUACGUGCACGAUCUUGGUAGCACACAUGGGACUGUGGUGAACAAGAACAAGGUCCCACCGAAGACCUACAUCAGACUACGCGUGGGACAUGUCCUGAAGUUUGGAGGGAGCACGAGGCUUUUUAUCCUGCAGGGUCCAGACUUUGAUGAGGAAGAGGAGUCUGAGCUAACAGUGACAGAGCUGAGAGAGAAAGCCAGGAAACAGAAAGCCGACCUGGAGAAGAGGAUGAUGGGUGACGGUUCGGACGAUGACGACGAUGAGAAGGAGGAGGGCAAGGAGGAAGGCGAGGAAGGGGUCAACAGCAACAAGAGCGGCAAAACGUCAAACGAUGACUCGGGCUGCUCGUGGGGAAUGGCUGAGGAGGCGGCCCCAGACGAAGACGAGAACGAGGAAAACCCUUUCUCCACAGAGUUUCGUGAGGACCAGGAAGCUGCCUACCUGAAAGACCCGAAAAAGGCUCUGCAGGGCUUCUAUGACCGGGAGGGGGAGGAGCUGGAGUUUGAGUUUGAGGACAAAAGUCAUGGCAGCUGGCUCUGCAGAAUAAAGCUUCCAGUGGACGAUGCUUUGGGCCGACAGCUGGUUGCUGAGGUGACCCACACAGGGAAGAAGAAGGAGGCGACCGUGCAGUGCUGUCUGGAGGCUUGUCGAAUGCUGGAAGCCAGAGGACUGCUGCGGCAGGAAGCAGUUUCCCGUAAGCGUAAGAAGAAGAACUGGGAGGAUGAGGACUACUAUGACAGUGAUGACGACACCUUCCUGGAUCGAACCGGCACUGUGGAGAAGAAGAGGACGGAGAGGAUGAAGAAGGCCGGGAAGAUUGAGGAGCGGCCUGAGACCUUCGAGUCACUGGUGUCCAAACUGUCAGAGGUGGAGAAGGAGCUGGCAGAGACACAGAAAAAGCUCAGUGCUGGUAGAGGAGACUCCUCCGGAUCCUCCACCGAAGACUCGCUGGACGCCUUCAUGACAGCGGUGCGGAGAGACGCGGCGAUGGACGGCGUGGAGCGCAGGAAGCUCCAUGUGCACGUGGCAGAUUUACGCAAAGAAGCUCAGAGGCUGCGGAAACUGGUGGAGCUCACACGGCCUGUACAGAUGCCCUCGCUGAUGCCGAGUGGAAGCUCAGAGACAGAUAAACCUAAAAAGACCUUACCACUGUUUGGAGCCAUGAAGGGAGGAAGAAAAUUCAAACUAAAGACCGGCACCAUCGGGAAGUUGCCUCCUAAGCGGCCCAACUUGCCCGCAGAGCUGUUCAACAUGAAAGAGCUCGCACCUGGUGGAGAGGAGGAGGAAGAAGAGGAGGAGGAGGUGGAGGAGGCAGAGAAAAAAGACCAGGGGAAUGAUGAGGAUGAUGAGGAUGAUGAUGAAGACAGUGAAAAUAUAACUGACAUGAAUGUUGACUGUGAGGAGUCCAGUGCAUCCAUGUCCCGAGACAGAUCUCCCACAGGACGGCAGCCAGCGGAGUCCCAGGAGCACAAAGAGCGAAGCCACAAACCGAGGAGAGGUGAGGAGUCUGCAGAAACAGAGGAGCAGGCUUCUCAGAGCAGCAGCAGCAGCAAGAAGAAGAAGGCUGUGACCCCGUCCAGUUCAGAGUCCAAGGCAGGAGCCCACUCAGCGCCCGCAGCAGAGCCCGGCCCUAAAAAGAACACUAAGAAGAAAGUGAUGGGCCCCAGCAGGCCUCCAGUGCAGCUGUCAGGACAAUAUCCAGAGGAUGACCCUGAUUAUUGUGUCUGGGUUCCUCCUACAGAUCAGAGCGGAGAUGGCCGCACACACCUCAACGAGAAGUACGGCUACUGAGCUCCUGUGUGUCGACUCCAUCAGCUUUCAAACCGAAGAUAAGACCGGCAGCACAAAGCCUCCAGCCUCCUGCCUCCUCGCUCUGACCAUUAACCCCCUCCAGCCAUCUCAGUCCCUGGUGUGUGUUUGUGGUGCAGACGAGAAGAGCCGGUCACACACCGGGGACUUGUGAGGACAAUUACGCUGCAGGUUUUUCUUUUGGAUCUUUGGGGGGAUAUUUGCAUUCUGAGAAAGCAAAACCAUUCCGCUUCACGUUAAACUGUCCGGCUUUGGGAGUUACCCCCCUCGGAGCAGACACUGGGCAGUCCGCCUUCUGGCACUUUCACCCCCUGAUAAUAAUAGAGAUGAGAAGCACUUGAGUUGUGACCGUUUUAUUUGAAUUCUAUAUCAUCCAGGCAGAAAAUAGAGCGGGACAGAGCGGGAGUGCUGACUGAUCUGAAUUCAGCUUUGCUUCUUGGCUGCUCCACUUGCAGUUAAGUCCACCUGACAUCCAAUCUGCAUCCCUCCCCUGUUUGGCGUGAGUCGAUCGCUGGCAUAACCUUAUUUUUUUCCUCCAAAGGAGAGUGUGUAGUGAGGAGGGAGAGAGAGGGAGAGCAUUGAAGCAGCUUUUCUGACCAUCUGGACACUUGGAUGGCUUACUGGAUGAAACGCAAGCUGAUAAUGACUCAAGCUAAGUGGAGUGUGCGUGUGUGUCUACACCGACACACACUCACACACACAGCCCAACCUUCUCAAAGUUCUCUUUUUAACAAGAUUGUCUUUAUGAGCGAGUCAGCUGUGUGUGUGUGUGUGUGUGUGCGUGUGUGUGUGUGUUUGCCUGGAGCAGGAUUCCUCACUGUGAAAUCCCACUCAGUGCUGUUCUGUUGGUUUACUGCCAUACUUUCCACCCUCUUUCCUGUCGUCUUAACCCAAAACACAAAGUAAAGAAAUGUAUUUUGUGAUAUGAAUGUGUAAUAAAAGUCUCUGUAAAUAACC